AUGUCCACCACACCGCCAUUGAGUCAGGCCACUGGCUACGGCAUCGUCGUUGGCCUCGGCUUCUUGUUCGCAUUCGGGAUGAUGUUAACGACCUUCGUUCUCAAGAGAUAUAACGGAGAGCUUCAGACAUCCGAAGUCUUCAGCACGGCUGGACGCUCCGUGAAAUCUGGCCUUGUCUCCUCAGCCGUCGUAUCAUCCUGGACAUGGGCCGCGACUCUGCUUCAAUCUUCCGCUGUGGCCUACAGCUAUGGAGUCUCAGGACCUUUCUGGUAUGCCUCAGGAGCGACUGUGCAAGUUAUCUUGUUCGCCACGCUUGCGAUUGAGCUCAAGAAGAAAGCACCCAAUGCACAUACUUUGUAAGCUGCAGCGAUCUGAAUCCGCACUACUUGACAAUGCUAACAACUUGACAGCCUUGAAGUCAUCAGGGCUCGCUAUGGUCCCAUCACACACGCCGUGUACAUUACUUUUGCCCUCAUGACCAAUAUCCUGGUAACAUCGAUGUUGUUGACUGGAGGUGAGCUAAGGUUCCGCUUAUCCUGACGGCACGUACACUGACAUUGUCAGGUUCUGCUGUUGUGACAUCUUUGACUGGAAUGCCAACAGUCGCUGCUUGCUUCCUGCUCCCAAUUGGUGUGGUUCUCUAUACUAUGUUCGGCGGCAUCAAGGCCACAUUCUUGACCGACUACGUCCAUACCGUGGUGAUCCUGAUCAUCAUCUUCCUGUUCGCUUUUACAGCCUAUGCAACGAACAGCAUUCUCGGAAGUCCAGGAGCUGUUUACGAUGCACUGGUAGCAGCCUCAGAGAGGCAUCCUAUCGAAGGCAAUGCAGGCGGAAGCUACUUGACUAUGCGAAGCAAAGAAGGUGCUAUCUUCUUCGUUAUCAAUAUCUGUGGGAACUUCGCAACUAUCUUCUGCGACAAUGGAUACUACAACAAGGCUAUCGCUGCCUCUCCAGUCCACGCUCUUCCAGGCUACAUCGCGGGAGGUCUGUCUUGGUUUGCUAUCCCCUGGCUCUGCGCUACUACGAUGGGUCUUUCUGCGCUAGCACUGGAAAACAAUCCAGUCUUCCCAACUUACCCAAACCGCAUGGCUGCAGCCGAUGUCACUGCCGGACUGGUACUUCCAGAUGCGGCCGUUGCUUUGCUCGGUUCAGGUGGUGCGGCGGCAACUCUGCUUCUCAUCUUCAUGGCCGUGACCAGUGCCAUGUCCGCCGAGCUCAUUGCUGUCUCUUCGAUCUGGACCUAUGACAUCUACAGCACCUACAUCAAUCCAGGCGCCAGUGGUAGGAGGCUUAUCUACAUGUCACACACGAGUUGCGUGGUCUACGCUAUCUGUAUGGCUGCUUUCUCGACGGGGCUGCACUACGCCGGAAUCAGGUGAGUUUCCAACAAACACGUCUUCAAACGAGCGCACUGACAAACUUGCGCUAGCAUGGGUUACCUGUACCUUCUCAUGGGCGUCAUCAUCAGUGGCGCUGUCUUGCCAUCUUCACUCACAUUACUCUGGGAUCGUCAGUCCUGGGCAGCAGCUACCUUCUCUCCAAUUCUUGCCCUCGCUUGCUCCCUCACAGGCUGGCUAGUGCAAUCGAAGACGCAGUAUGGCGAUCUGAGUGUCGCAUCAACUGGUUCAAAGUGAGUCUUAGUCCUGAUAUGUUUUGGCCUACGGGCGGAGCUAACAGCUUCCAGCAACCCCAUGCUGGUCGGCAAUGUCGUCGCGCUUCUGGCCCCCGCGAUCUUCAUUCCUAUCUUCUCGUUGGUCCUGCGCUCUCCCAAAUACGACUGGGUCUCAAUGAAGAUGAUCCGAAAAGGCGACGACACCGAUCUCGCCGCAGCUGCGCACAUGGAUCUCGAACAGAUCCCAGGUGAAGCUCACCACACCGACAAUGAAGAAGCCGAAGAGCAGAAGAAUCUCCAGCGUGCCUCCAAAAUUGCUCGCACCCUGACCGUGUUCAUGGCGAUUGCUUUCCUCGUGCUCUGGCCCAUGCCAAUGUACGGAAGCGGAUACAUCUUCAGCAAGCCGUUCUUCACUGGCUGGGUGUCGGUUGGGUUCCUAUGGCUCUUCUGUUCCAGCUUCUGCGUGGGGCUGUACCCACUUUGGGAAGGCAGACACACAAGUGCAAGGACGAUCAAGGCUAUCUUUAAGGAUAUCACUGGUAAGGGAAAGCCGGCUGUGCAUGGCCGAGCUUCGAUGACGGACGCAUCUGACGAGGCGGAGGAGAAGCGUGUGGAGAAGGAGACAGCGACUCCUCCAGAGACGGAGAUCAAGGGGCAGUGA